CCGUACUCUAAUAUACGAAAAACGUCAAGAGAGCAGUGUCAAGUACAUUUAGGAACUGUAGACUGGACUAGACGAAGUGAAACCGACGCCGUUUGCGCCAUUUGCGCCAGCGUCGCGGCAAGCACGACGGAACGGGCCGCAGGCUGCCCCUUGAAUCCUGCCAUUCCUAUUCCUGCCAGUCUCCACCGAGAGCGCGUCAGUCCCGCGUCGCCGAUUUCUGCGCACGUGUCGCGAUCGCAGGUCGCGUGCUGACGCAUCCGAUCCUCGCACGUGAUAAUUGGCCGGCAAGUGUUUUAUGGCGGCCGCCGCAGCGAAUGAGGUCCUGACUGGGCCGGCAUGAUUUACUGGCGUUUUAACGAUGGAACGAAGACCUCCCGAAGAACUACCCGAAGCCCAUUUCCACGUUGAGGAGCACAUCAACGCCUGAACAUGUCCUGCCCGUUCCGUAGACCCUCGUUUUCGACUCAACAAAAUGGCGGAGCCGCUUUUAAGCGGAGCCUCACUUCGAGACAAGACUCCAUCCAAGUGGGCGGCGAAGAGCCGCAGGAAGAGGAGGACAAGAACACGUUGACCUUGAAGCACCUCAAUGAAGCCAUACUCGUACUCACCUCGCCGACGAACGAAGCCGUACAGCAGGCGCUGGCAUCGCUGGUCCUUAAAGAGGCAGCCUCUAAUCCCCUCAGGUAUUGUUGUCUAGAUAUGUUACCACAGAAUGUGACGAACUGUUCACAUUAUGCAUAUCUGGAGGACCUGUACGAUAUCAUCAAAUUAGAAGAAGAUAUAGACGAAACAGAAUUCUUCGACAAACUAGGCCAACAAAUAAUCACCUGCACUUGCACAGGCCGCAUGGAACGAGCCUUCAUCUGUCUUGGAGGCGACCUCAAAGAGUUCCUUACGACACUAGAUGGCGUGCACGAUGUUCUCAAGUACCAGGAGCAUGCGCAGGACGGUGAGCAAGAUUCGGACGCGUUCGUCUGUACGGCCUUGAGCGACGAGAAUCUUCAACUAGAUUUUAUAACUGACAGGCCUGCUGUGGCAUAUUUGUUGGUGGGAAGCAUCAAAGCUAUUGCAAGGAUACUGUACUAUACGGACGCUGAAGUCUCUGUGGUGCAAAGUAUUGUGGACAAGAGGCAUUUCAGCUUCACGAUACGAGUCACGUCAUCUUCAGAGAAACAUCAGUUCUUCAGCAGGAACGCCGUAGAGACAUCUCUUGACAGCAGCAAGCUCAAAAUGGGUGUGAGCACUUUCUGUAAGGCAUUCCCAUGGCACUUCAUACUAGAUCGGCAUUUGGAAUUGGUUCAACUGGGUAGCGGCUUCAUGCGUCUUUUCGGGCAAUUUUUCACCACCAAAGGGGCAUCUGUAGCAACUUACUUCGAAUUUCAAAGGCCGAAGAGUAUCACUCUGUCAUUCGAUGAGAUCGUCAAGCGAGCGAAUACUCCGUUCGUUCUUGUUAUCAAAAAUAUGCCAGAAGAUCCAGAGUUUCCAGCUGAGGGUUUACAGCUGAAAGGGCAGAUGGUGCAUUGCCCCGAAUCGAACUCGAUACUGUUCAUCGCGUCACCUUUCAUCGACGGCCUUGAAGGGCUCACCGGAAGCGGCCUCUUCAUUUCCGACAUCCCCCUCCACGAUGCCACCCGUGACGUCAUUUUGGUCGGGGAGCAGGCGAGAGCGCAGGAUGGCUUACGUAGAAGAAUGGAUAAACUAAAGAGUUCAAUAGAAGAAGGAAACAGAGCUGUCGACAAGGAAAGAGAAAAGAAUGUUAGUUUAUUACAUUUAAUAUUUCCGCCUGACAUAGCAAAGCGGCUUUGGCUGGGCGAAUCUAUCGAAGCGAAAACUCACGAAGACGUAACUAUGUUGUUCAGUGAUAUAGUCGGAUUCACAUCUAUUUGUUCCACCGCCACCCCUAUGAUGGUGAUAAAAAUGUUGCAGGAUCUGUACAAUCAGUUCGACGUUUUUUGCGGCCAAAUAGACGUAUACAAGGUGGAAACCAUAGGCGAUGCUUACUGCGUAGCAGGAGGGUUACACAAAGAAACCAACACACAUGCUCAACAAAUUGCUUGGAUGGCACUCAAGAUGCUAGAGACGUGCUCAUUUCAUCAAACUCAUCAAGGACAACCUAUCAGGAUGCGGAUCGGCCUUCACACGGGCUCAGUUCUGUCCGGCGUGGUGGGCGUCAAGAUGCCCCGCUACUGCAUGUUCGGCCACAACGUCACCGUGGCAAACAAAUUCGAAUCGGGCAGCGAGCCGCUCCGGAUAAAUAUUAGUCCCACGACGUUCCUGCGGCUCUUUCGUGCCGGCGGUUUUUCCAGCGAGCAACGUGACCAGAGCUGUCUGCCCAAAGACUUCCCAUCAGACAUCCCUGGCACUUGUCACUUUCUGACAGGCUACACGCAUCCAAACAUUGCAGAAGAUGCUCCUUUGUCCCAACACAUCGAGGCAGGCUUGCUGGAUAUCGGAAUAAAAGCUGAUCUUUCGAUCUGAGAUCGACGACUGUUCAUUUGCUAGCAAUAAUUGUGUCUUCAUUAUUCUCGAUUUUAUAGUAGCGGUACACCCAACACUUUCGAGCGAACACUGAAAAAGUUUUGUGACAAUUGGGGGUAGAAUGAAAGUCAGCUAUAGACACCCUACAGCCAUGUUCGAAAAUUCUACUAAGCAAACAAGACCGAACAUUCCACUAAAUAGUCAGUGGGUUUGAACUGUUUACUCCGUCAAAUAACCAGCAUGGUUUAGUAUUGAAAAUUGUUGCGUACCAUACUGAGAUAAAUAGUUACUAUAUGAAGACCAAGAUGGUAUAAAGACUUUGGUAUAGGCUUGAAUUGAACAAUUCCCGUUGUUACAUGAUUCUUCAAUAUCACAUACCUAUAUUCCUAUUACUUUCAAUCGCAUAAUCCGUGCUUACCUACUCAGUUUUUUGCAAAUGGGUAACUGCCAAUAAUCAUUAACGUAGAACGGACUUUGGCAGGUGGCAAAUCAGUUGAGGUGAGCAUAUAUACCAUAUACCAAAUAUAUAGGUAAAUGUCGCCCGGAUGACGCAGACAUUGGACCCUUUUGGUAUAGCUUUCACAUUUAUUCUGGAACAAAUGUAAUUUCGAAAUUCACAGGAGAAACAUAAUCAACCAAGCGCUCGCUAUUUGUAUUAUAUAAGACUCAAAAUGUUCAAUGCCUAAUGAAUUCCAAUUUAUUACAUCGAUAUAUUGUUUUAGUCUUUUGAAGGUGCUCACGAAAGGAUAGAAUAGCAAUAGAUAGGUAGAAGAGUAGUGGGUCUGCAAAAUUUUUUCUGAUGUUGUUACCCUCUUGGUCAGUGAUCAAUAGAUACAGAGCCAAAUAUUGAUGAUUUUCUAUAAUUUUCCAAUGAGAUAUAUUUCGAACAAUAUCUCAUUUAUCGAUCACUCUUCAGAUUUUAAUAUGUAUGAAUAAACAUAUUCGAAACAAUACCAAUCACUGAAAACAAGCUUGUAAACUAUUCUGAUAUAUUGAAAUUGUCAUCAAUUUAUAUUGGGUGAAAAUGUUCUUAGAGUAUAAAGAUGCAUAACUACUUGAAGAGUGUGAAUUGUGAAUCUACAUUGAUUUUGAAUGAUUCUGUUUAAAAUAAGUAUGAUACUGAUAGAAUCUGGAUCCAUGUUAGUAUUGAAUGUGGGAAUGAAUAUUCCGAAAGAAAUUACUCAAAUCUUAUUCUCUUACAACUUUGGAAGACAAGAGUUCAUCUGUAAUUUUUGCUCUGUGGCCUCCAUUUUUCUUGGAAGAAUAUAUUAAUAUAAGAUAAUUUUUUUCACCAUGCUGGUAU